AUGAUCCUCCAGGCUGCGGGGCGCUGUCAUAGGGAACGACUAGAAAGCAGCUAGAGAGGCAGGGUUUGAAGUUGUCAAGGAGCGGCUGGCAGCUGACCUUCCGUUUCCGCCGACUGAGGCACGAGGAUCCGGUGUUCCAACCCAGCGGGAAAAUGCGGCCUUUGACUGAAGAGGAGACCCGUGUAAUGUUUGAGAAGAUAGCAAAAUACAUCGGGGAGAACCUUCAGCUGCUGGUCGACAGGCCCGACGGCACCUACUGCUUCAGGCUGCACAACGACCGGGUGUACUACGUGAGUGAGAAGAUUUUAAAGUUGGCCGCUAAUAUCUCCGGGGACAAGCUGGUGUCUUUGGGGACCUGCUUCGGAAAAUUCACCAAGACUCACAAAUUCCGGUUGCACAUCACAGCUCUGGAUUACCUUGCACCCUAUGCCAAGUAUAAAGUGUGGAUAAAGCCUGGAGCAGAGCAGUCCUUUCUGUAUGGGAACCAUGUGCUGAAAUCUGGACUUGGUCGAAUCACUGAAAAUACUUCUCAGUACCAGGGGGUUGUGGUGUACUCCAUGGCAGACAUCCCUUUGCACCCAAAAGGGGGAAAAGUCUCAUUGAACACCCACUGACUUCAUGGCUGGCACUGAACUAAGAGGUUUAUCUGCAUCUUAUUUUAUUCUCACAACAGCCCUACAAGGGUGGUACCACUCCCUACUACAUCAGAGAUGAGGAAACGGACAUCCAGAGAUUCCAGUGGCUGGCCCACCAUCCACAAGCACAGCCAGCACAGCUGGGGCCCUGAGUCAGCCUCACACUCUUACCCACCAGGACAGUGUGUCCAUUAGUCUCUGAGUUCUGACAACAUCUAAAUGUUUUUAUCUCAGCCAUAAUCUUGAGAAACAAAACAGCAUCAGUACCUUCUAAUUAAGUAUUCCACCAGAAUGUAUUAUAUUAACUCUAAGUGGUAAUACCGUUAACUGUCACAAGCUCUGUGUUAUGAAGAACAGACUUCGUAACUGUCUUCAGUUCCAGCGAAGGCCAUGUGACAUCCAGCACUCUGGAGGCACGGGGUUCUGCAGCAGUCUUGCCAAGGUGAGGAUGGGAGAGCCUGGGAGCACACAGUGGGAGAGGCUCCCCCGCUGAUGCGCCACCACUGCCACGGCCCUAAUACUGCUCGUAUCGUGAGCAGUGACUUAGGCUCAGCAAAACAGUCAUCAGUUCAUGGUAAGUUUUAUAGUUCUGUAGAAGCUGCAGGCAGUUUUACGUGCGUACACAUUUCAGUGACACUGUAAUAAAAACAACACUGAAGUUAUGCAUCACAGUGUCACUCUUCUACCUAGAGAGCACCAUCUAGUGAUGGGAGAGUUGAGGGGGAAAAGCUUCUGGAUCCUAAAGCUUGGUUUGCUGGGAGACCCCAACUAGCUACAACCAGAUCGAGUGGAGAUACGUUCUUACUUUAUCAUGUAGUUUCAUGAUAUCAUUUGGGGUUAACUGUUCAAAAAACAGUAGUACCAAACCCCCAAACACGUAGUUAUUAAGUAAUGAGGCUGAACAAAGUUUCCAUAUUUUAAACACAGGAUGAAUUUUAAGAUUUUAGUACUUUUUUACAUUGUGCCUUUCACUCAUUCAAAAGUGAGAAAAAGGGAAUUCUUUUAUCCCCAGAAGUAUGUUAUAUGAGGAAAUGGACAAAGAGGAAACUUCCACAUCUUUGUCCUGCACAGCCUCCAAGGAUUAGAACAUCCAAUACAGUUGGACAUCAGUUUCUUAAUGUAGACAGUUUAGCAGCUAAGCUUGUUCAACAUUUUGCUACCUCCAUCUUUCCAGCUGCAAUUAAACAGCUACUUAAAUUUGAGAGAAGCAAGGCUUUAAUGAAGAAUGCUACAAGUUACGGACAGUAAUUAGUUCUCAUAUUUUAAAAAAAGAUUACAGAAAACACUUUACUGAAAUUCUUGUUUGCUAAAAAGACAGUCUUUAAGGAUGUCUGAGAGAGACAGCAAGCACAACACAGUACAAAAGGAGAAGGGAAUGUUGAAUUCCAGUGCAAGACACUAACACGGCACAAUCAGGGAAUCAGGCGGAAGCAACCAUUUCACAAAGAAUGGAAUUAGGCAUUUAUACUCAAUCAAGAUUUUUUUUUAAGCUUUAAAAUUCCAGCAUAAAGAAGGGAAUUGGAAAGAGGGGGUGGGAAGGAGGGACUAAGCUUAUCUACAAUCACCAUUUUACCAAAUAACAAACUGUUUCAACCACGUGAGAAGUGGAGGUUAAACCUGCCUACGCAGCCCAGCAGAUGUGAAGAGCAAAUGCCAAGGCAGUCAGGUCUAAGUGCUGAUGUCACAACUGGCUAAACAGUUUUUAAAGGGACUGUCCUUUUACCAGGGCUGGUCUCUCAUCAACCUGGGCUCAUGACAGACGAAGUUCCUUUGCAUUUGCAUCAGAAGGCCAAAGCUUUACCUGGAACAAGUUCACUCCAAAUAAUGCUCAAGCUGCUGGUUUUAACAGGUCAUGGAGUCAAAAGUGGCUCCUAAUAGACUCCACCAUUUCCUAGGAGAAGGUUCUACGGAUUACUGGGGAUUUAAAUUCAAGCAAACUACUAAAGAAGGGAAAUACUAAUGGUAUUCUGGCACUGUACAAGCUAUGAGCCUGUCAUCUCUGCCAAGGACAGGGGGUGGACUUGGCUUUGUUUCUCAGCUCCAUGAUCUCCAACAGUGAUGAAGUGGAACUCGGACCUCCCCCACAUAGGAGGAGGAUGCCCAAAAUUCUCAUCCCAGCCCAGCUUCUGAAAGAAACAGCAGACUACCAGGGGCUAUUAUUAGGAACCAUGCUCCUGUGAAUUCUGUGGAAGUGAAAGCCUGUUUCAGUUCAUGCCAAGUCUUUUCAUGGUCCGCCAGCGAUCCUUAAUCAUCACAGCUGUUCGGUUAACAAAUGGGUAAUUUUUAGAAAUGGCAGCCCAGUUUCCUUCCCCAUAUUUCUGCACUCCAGCCUUGAUCCACUCGCUUUCCUCCACGGUCCACUUCUGCAAACAAACAAACAAAAAACACACACAAAGGAUUUAUCACAACCUGUCUCUCCACUUACUCACAUUUGCAUACAAUGAAGAGGUAAACUGGAUCCUAGGAAAGUAAUCUGAACCCAGAGGAAGGGUUUAUAUUUUUAAAACAUGAGCUAGAUAAUAAGUUAACACCAUGGAUCUGGACAUUUACUAAUUUUCAGUGGCCUGCCAUUUCAACCUCAGUAAUCACUUCUGCAUUCAAAACUUCAAGUGUGUGUGGUUCAUGGUCAGGAAAUGCAUCAGGUUUCUGACCUUCUAGAUUUUUCUUCCAGAGAGUUACUAUUAUUUUAACUUAGUUUGGAUUAUCCAAAAAUCACAAGUAAAAUUUUUUACCAGGGGCAUGGGUAGUCUAUGCUUGUGAGAUGUGAGUACUUAUUUUAACUCUGUUCUACCCACACAACCAGAAAAGAGAAGAGAAGAAUUUUAAAUUACCUGCUUUUUUGUUACAUUGGUUGCACUCUCUUCAUCUGGUGCUGCUGGAAAACAUUAAAAGUAGACUCAUUUCAGAGUUCACCUUUCUGAGCAGCACAAACCACA